AUGCUGUUGUUCUGCUGUCAGUGCGGGACUCGUCUGUCGCUGUCGAGUGGGAGUACGUGUCACGUGAUGUCGUGCCCCACGUGUCCGUACGUGUAUAAAGUGACGCAAAGCAUAGCCAACAGAAAGUACCCGAAACUGAAGGAAGUGGACGAAGUGCUCAGCGAUUCUGCCGUUUGGCUGACCGUCGACUCCACCGAAGAGAAGUGUCCCAAAUGUGACCACAAGAGGGCCUACUUUAUGCAACUGCAGACCCGGUCGGCCGAUGAGCCCAUGACUACGUUCUACCGGUGCUGUAGUUGUGGCCACCGAUGGAAGGACUGA